UUUAACAACAAGGACCACAACAGAAAAAUGUUAAUAUAUGAAUUUUGCAUAACUUUGACUUUGAACAAAACCAUAAUCCAAGCAACCUUCCAAAACUCUCCGGGACACAUUUCAGUAUCCGUACUCCGGCCGUCCGGCGACACCCAAAUCUCAGUUGAAGCCCCACCACCACCACCACCCAUUCAGACAAUCUCUCUCCCUCUCUCGCUCUGAAACUACAAUCAAUCGAGUCUAAUGAACAUGGCUUCAAUCCAAUUCGACAUACGUGCCGCUAUAAAUGCCGCCAAUAUCUUCUUCGUCAAUCAUGAUCUCCUCCUCCCUCGCCGCCGCCGCUGCUGCUUGUCUCUUUCUCCUCGACCGUUCCCUUCCUUUUCUUCCUACGGGGCGGCGGCUGCUUCACCGACGCCGUCGUCGUCGUUGUUCAGGUCGAGAGCUUUCUCCUCUGGAACGUCGGAGCCGGCGAUUAAACUUCCCGAGAAGCCUCCAAUUUGUAGCGCCGACGAGCUUCACUAUGUCACCAUCCCCAAUUCCGAUUGGCGCCUUGCUCUCUGGCGCUACCACCCUUCUCCUCAGGCCCCUCCAAGGAAUCAUCCACUGUUGCUAUUGUCUGGAGUCGGGACUAAUGCCAUUGGUUAUGAUCUCUCUCCUGGGUCAUCGUUUGCAAGGUACAUGUCUGGCCAGGGCUAUGACACAUGGAUUCUUGAAGUCCGAGGUGCAGGACUGAGUGUACGGGAAUCAGAUGCCAAAAAUAUUGGGGAGUCCGCUUAUGCAGCUUCUGAGCAUAUGGAAUCUGCUGCUAAGGGUGUAACUACUGGAUCUCUGACUCGGAAUCAGGCAACUGCAAAAGAUGUUGGGCAGUAUGCUUCCGAGCAGAUGGGAUCUGUUGCUACGAGUGUAAGUAAUGGAGCUCCGUCUGCAAAUCAGGAAACUGCAAGUGCUGCACAAAGCACAUCACCAAGUUCUGAGCUUUCAUCGGUUCCCGAGGACCCAACGGGACUAUCAACUGUUUGGGAUGAAUCUAUGUUGGUCUCCAAGUUGACAGACACUUUCAUGACCUUGUCAGAAAGUCUCUCUGGUUUUCUUAGUGAAGGUCAAUCCAUGAUAAUGUCAGCUAAAUUAUUUGACCAGAUAUCAACACUUUUAGAAGAUACCCAGUUAUCUGAGCGCCUUAAUGAGUUGCGGGAAAAACUUUUGAGCUUGUUGGAGACAAGGGAAAAUUCUGGUGUUGCCAGUCAGAUCAGGGAUCUAAGCCAGACACUUGUAAAUAUUGUUGAGGAAGGUCAAAAGUCCGUCUCGCCUCAGUUAUUUGAUUUGCAUGACCGUCUUACGUCCACUGUAGUAGAUUUUCAAAAACAACUUGACCUGAUUGUUAAAUAUGACUGGGACUUUGACCAUUACCUCGAGGAGGAUGUUCCUACUGCGAUGCAAUAUAUAAAGGCAGAAUGCAAACCGAAGGAUGGCAAGUUGCUUGCAAUUGGACAUUCCAUGGGAGGCAUUCUGCUGUAUGCAAGAACUGCAAGGUCUGGUAAGAUACCAUUUAAUUGCAUAAAUCAUAAGAUCAGUUGUUAUUGAGUUAUUUUAUUUACACAACAUUCUUCGUCCCAAUAGAGGGCCUGGCCCUUAACAGGACUUCUUAGUUUGUAUAUGAUAGUUGUUUUAGCUCUGACAGGUUAAAGUCGCAUGUUUUCAACAAAUUAUCCAUCUAGUUUGAAGAUAUGGCAUGGCCUGAAUUCUACAAGCAUUCUUGAUGCUAUGGAAGGAGAGUCGAGUAUAAUGCAAAUUAUAUAGCCAGUUUCUAAACUGUUGAGCUGAAUUGGGCUAUUUUCAUUUGUAUAGGCAGUUAUUGGUGAUUUUGGAAGAACCAGCUUUUGUUUUUUAAUUUUUGAAACUCAAUUUCCCCUGUUAAGUGCUCGAAAAUGUUUGGCUGCGAACUGGUGUUGUUCGUACCUUCUUCCUGUUCCUUCAGUAGCUUUUGAUACAUCCCUACCAAAAAGAGAAAAUAAAUUAUCUUGAUACAUCUUUGGUGGAGAUAUGACUACUGAGGUUGAUUUGCUGCUGUGGUGACAGAGCUAAUUAACAUUGUCAGUUUGCUAUGACUUGGAUUUAUCAAACCCCUCUUCUGAUUGCCUUUGUAAUAUUUGAUAAUGGUUUGAAGGGGUUUGUUGGUGUAUAUACAUAUCACAUCAAUAUUCAUCUGAUCACUGCUGAAGUUCCUUCUUUUUUUUUUGCUUCUGUGUGUGCCUGUGUUGUGGGUGAUGAGAGAAGCAUGUGUUCUAGUUACUCAUAAUAUGAUAUUGUAAGGUUUUGAAGGAAACGACUCUGGCUUUGCUGCUAUUGUUACUCUGGCAUCGUCAGUUGACUACACUACUUCGAAUUCGAGGCUCAAGUUACUUGUACCUCUGGCUGAUCCUGCUCAGGCUCUGAACGUACCUGUUGUUCCUUUGGGGGCAAUGUUGGCAGCAGCAUUUCCUCUCUCAUCUCGUCCUCCUUACGUGUUAUCUUGGCUCAAUAAUUUGAUAUCAGCACAAGAUAUGAUGCACCCAGAGCUGCUAGAAAAGCUUGUUUUGAACAACUUUUGUACCAUACCAGCUAAACUUCUUUUGCAGCUUACAACAGCUUUUCGAGAGGGCGGAUUGCGUGACAGGAGUGGCAAGUUUCUCUACAAGGACCAUUUACAUAAGUGCAAUAUCCCAGUCUUGGCCUUAGCCGGUGAUCAAGAUCUUAUUUGCCCACCAGAAGCUGUAGAAGAAACCGUCAAAGUUCUCCCCAAACAUUUGGUGACCUACAAAGUCUUUGGAGAAUCAGGAGGUCCUCACUAUGCACAUUACGACUUGGUUGGAGGACAACUGGCAGUGGAACAAGUUUACCCUGCAAUAGUCGAGUUUCUUAGCCAGCAUGAUUCAGUGUGAUUCUCAACAAUUGCCUGCAACUUGUCAAGCACAUUGAAUUUGGCUUUGCUGGUGGAUUAAAUCAUUCUGUGGGAUAGUGAAACACUGCAUUCACAGAUGAAACAGGACAUUGGAGUGGCAGAGCCGUUGGGGAUAAAUCGAAUAUGGACUGGAAGUAACGGAGAACUAAACACGAAUCGCCACACUCAUCACCAAGGGGAAGGCCAUAGCCCAAUGCUCAUGCAUCUGAUACAAGCAGACUACAUUCAAUCUAAGUUGUCUGGAAACUGUUACUGUUAUAACCAUGAAACAUCAUUACUGCUUUGUCCAAAUCUUGAUUGCAUUGCUAGUUACUGUAUUCAACUCUGUUAGAAAAAAAACAUUGUAAAUAUUACAUCAUAGCUGCCAGUUUCGGUACUACCACUCGACCAAGCUCUUGUUCCCAGAUUAUUAUAGUAAAUUAAUAACUUUCAAAGAUAUAAUUG